UCAUUUUAAUAGCUGUAUGUUGUUAGAGACAGCAUGUUUCCUCAAAAUUUAGGCUGAGAAUAUUCGUUAGUUGAAGUAUUAUGGCUGUAAAAGUUUGAAUGUUCUAAGAGAGGAAAUUGUUUUAUGCAAUGUUGUGUAAGCGAACUUCAGCAGCUGAAAAAAGAUCAUUGUUCCUAUACUUAACUUUCAUACUUUUGCUGAUGAAAAAUGUUACAAAUGAGAUUCUGGAAGUGGAUGUUUGUCCUGGUUCCACCGUUUCCCUUCCCUGUCCAGCCCUCGCCCCCAUCCAGGUCAACGACCGCGCCCUCGCUGCCUUCUGGUACAAAGAUGACCAGGUGACCCCUUUCUACAUGGUUGACGCGCGUUCGAGUCCUUCAAUUGAACAAGGCAAGCACCGCCAGCUGUCCAGCUUAGGGAACAGGGCCACAUUCAAUGUGUCCACUAGUCCAGCUAUAUUGUAUCUGGACGUCGAAACCAAAGAGGAUGCGGGCACUUACGUGUGUCGGGUAGAUUCCUAUAGGUCACUUACAAGGACUUCUACUGUCAAGUUGAUUGUACUAUCUCCUACUCCCAAACUUUUCAUUUACGAAGGUGAAAAGCUAUUGAGUGACAUUGCAGGUCCUUACAGAGAAGGCUCUGAUUUGGAACUAACUUGCGAACUAACUGGAGCGGAGGAGUCGCUCCCGAUGCAGGUGCUGUGGACGAUCCGCGGGCAGGUGGUGGACUCCACGUUCAAGGUGCUGCCGUCCGGGAAAAUCCGGAACGAUUACCGGCUGAGGAGCAUCGAGCGCAACCUGUGGAUGGUGGCGGUGACGUGCGUGGCGGCCAGAAGUCCCAACGUCACGCACCAGCCCUUCCUCGUCGCAUCCGUCCAGCUUGAUCUCUUCUUGCGACCUCUGGAUGUACGCAUCUCUCCCACUGAUGGUACCUGCCGAGAGGGGUCCGUUCUGCGUCUGGUCUGUCGAACGUGGGGAUCGCGACCUCCCGCCGAAAUCACUUGGUGGAUGAAAAGCUUCCGACUGUACAACGUUUCCGGACACAGGUUCGAGAAGGACGCCUCGUCUAGCACCUUGAACCUCGUACCGAUGGCCAGUGAUCACGGGAAGGUGAUAGUGUGCAGGGCCGAGAACCCGAAGCUGCCCGGAGUGUCAAUGACAGACAGUGUGAUGCUUAAUGUUACAUUUCCUCCCAAAGUAAGCCUCUCCCUGAAGACCUAUUCCAGCAGCUCUCUGUCCGAAGGAGACACAGUCGCUCUUAUCUGCAACGUCAUGUCCAAUCCAGCCGUCGGCCCCGUCCUCUGGAGCUUCGUGCAGGAGACAUCCGUCGCUCCUCCACAGAAGAGGUUCCCCCUGGAAGGAUCCCAGACUCUCGUAUUGGAACGUCUGCAACCCUGGCACAAGGGGAGUUAUCGAUGUAGAGCUACCAAUAGUGAAGGCGUCGGAGAAAGCAAUUCCCUGUGGUUGGCUGUCAGGCAUCGUCCCAUUUGCAAAGCAGGCCAGCAAGUUUCGUACGGAGCUUAUUUGGGAGAAACUUUGAGCAUCCGCUGCGAAGUGGAAGCAGAACCUGCGACCGUGUCUUUCCACUGGGGGUUUUCGAACACUGUGUUGCAGCACAGCAACGUGUCUUUUGUGAACAGGGGUCUGAAGAGCGUGGCAACAUAUACACCGACAGACGAUAUUCAUCUGGGGUCCCUGUUCUGCUGGGCCAAUAACAGCGCUGGAGAGCAACAUGUCCCGUGCACUUUCACAGUUUUCAAACCAGUGGCCCCCAAUCGCCCUAAGAAUUGCCAAGUUCUAAAUCGAACCCACAGCUCUUUCAUGUUGACAUGUGAAGCAGGCUACGACGGCGGGGCACCCCAGCGCUUCUACUUCCGUGCCAAAAUCAAGGGAUCGAGGGAUGACGGCCUUUCGCUCAGCUCUCCACUGCCCCUCUUCAACCUGUCUGGCCUGCCUUCCGGAUCCACCUUCCAAGUUUCCGUCUUCUCCAGGAACAAAAUAGGAAAGAGUCACGUCGUGACUUUGGAAACCACAACGUUAAAAACUAAAAGAAAAGGUCCGUGGACUUGGAAGGGAAACCGAAGCCUGCUGAUAUCCUCUAUCCUAGUCAUGGUCUUCGCCAUCUUGACGCUGGCCGCUGCGGCUAUUCUCAGGCACCGGUCCCGCCCCUUCCUCCUCUAGCUCUCACCCUGAGGUCUGCGCUUCCGAAAUGAUCGCACUUUUGUUUCCUGUUUGUGACAAUGAAGUGAACUCGUCAGGAUCUAUGGAAAACUGAAUACGAAAUUCAAAAAUCGUCAUGUUCGUUAUUGAAUUCCUAUUGUUGAACAUUUGAGAGAAUAUUUCGGUUUCGUAAGAUAAAAUGAAUGGAAGCAAAGCCAUUUGAGUCUUUGCGAUUUGGAUGAAUGGAAGCUAAGUCACUCCUCAAAAUUGCAAUUUGUGUCGUUGUAAUCGAGA